GCUCCACCUAAGAGUUCAAGAUCCUCUCGCAGCCGACAGCGAAAAAAACUCAAAAGGCGCCGCAUGCCGCGCCUCCGACAGAGGGACAGCCAAUCGCUUUAAGUAACGGGAGGAGAGGGCGGGGACUACGCGGUCUGUUCCCCAUGAGGUGAGUGUGAACACGCCCCUCUUCUGUAGGAGCGCGCCCUCUUCCCUGCGAGGAACCCGGAAGGGAAGGGAAGUCUUCUCGGGUUCAGAAUGUCAAGGGGAAGAACUAACAGCGGAAUGCGGCCUGCGCCAAGCAGGGUCUCGGAUGUAGUCCAGGCUGGCCUUGAAUUUGCAGAGAUCCUCCUGUCUCAGCCUCCUGAGUGCUGGGAUUACAGGCGUGCACCAUCACACCCAGCUUCCUUUAUGUGUUAUACCUUUUGUGUUUUGCUUAGAAAAACCUCCUAAACUGAAGCUAUGAAGUCUUUUCUUGUAUAUGAAGUCUUUUCCUAUAUCAGAAAGUUUGUUUUGGUUUUCUUUUUUUUUUUUUUUUGGCACCAGGUAUCAAACUUGGGACCUUGUGCUUGUGAGGCAGGCGGCAGAACCACUGAGCUAAAUCCCCAGCCCUGUUUUGGUUUUCAUAUACAUCCCUACUCUACCUGGAAUUUUAAAAAAUAUAUAUUAUAGGAGAUAAUGGCUGUAAUUUUGAACAUGAAGACCCAGUUUACCAGUUUAACCCAGAGGACUUGGUGCAUUGUUUACUGUUCCUUAUUUAUGGUCCGCAUUAUGUCUGGAGCCAGCAGUAAGCUUGCUCUUUUCCUCUUCGGCUGUUUUUCGCUUGCCUUGGGAGUCUGUACCGAGGAGCACUGCGUAGCUGACCCUCACAAAGCUGACUGUUACGUGGCAGCUGUAUACGAGCACCAGGCAGUCUUGAGUCCGAACCCUCUUGCUCUCACCAGCCGCAAGCAGGCCUUGGAACUAAUGAACCAGAACCUGGACAUCUAUGAACAGCAAGUGAUGACUGCAGCCCAGAAGGGUGUACAGAUUAUAGUGUUUCCAGAAGAUGGCAUUCAUGGGUUCAACUUUACAAGAACAUCCAUUUACCCAUUUUUGGACUUUAUGCCAUCUCCCCAGCUUGUCAGGUGGAACCCAUGCCUGGAGCCCCACCGUUUCAAUGACACAGAGGUCCUCCAGCGCCUGAGUUGUAUGGCCCUCAAGGGGAAGAUGUUCUUGGUGGCCAAUCUUGGGAUAAAGCAGCCUUGUCUUAGCAGUGACCCAGGAUGCCCAAGUGAUGGGCGAUACCAGUUUAACACAAACGUUGUGUUCAGCAGUAACGGAACCCUUGUUGACCGCUACCGUAAACACAACCUCUACUUUGAGGCAGCUUUUGAUACUCCUCUUAAAGUGGAUUACAUCACCUUUGAUACGCCCUUUGCCGGCAAGUUUGGCAUUUUCACCUGCUUUGACAUACUGUUCUUUGAUCCUGCUGUCAGACUCCUCCGAGCCUCUGCGGUGAAGCAUGUCGUGUAUCCCACCGCCUGGAUGAACCAGCUCCCCCUCUUGGCAGCCAUUGAGAUUCAGAAAGCUUUUGCCAUUGCCUUUGGUGUCAACGUGCUGGCAGCUAAUAUCCACCACCCAUCACUGGGGAUGACAGGGAGUGGCAUCCAUACCCCUCUGAAGUCUUUUUGGUACCAUGACAUGGAAGAUCCCAAAGGUCACCUUAUAAUCGCCCAGGUAGACAAAAGCCCACAGGGUCUUGUUGGUACAGAGAAUGCAGCAGGUAAAAUGGAUCCAACCCAUAGUAAGUUUUUAAAAAUUUUGUCAAGCAGUCCACAUUGUGAGAAAGAUGCUCAGGAAGUCCAUUGUGAUGAAGAUGCCGAAUGGAACAUGAACACUCCUCCCAUGUUUCAUUCUGAGAUGAUGUAUGACAAUUUCACCCUGGUCCCUGCCUGGGGAAAGAAAGGCUAUCUUCAAGUCUGUUCAAACAGCCUCUGCUGCCAUUUGCUCUAUAAGAGGCCCACUCUGUCCAAAGAGCUGUAUGCCCUGGGGGUCUUUGAUGGCCUUCACACUGUGCAUGGCACUUACUAUAUUCAAGUUUGCGCCCUGGUCAAGUGUGGGGGUCUUGGCUUCCACACCUGUGGGCAAGAGAUCACAGAGGCCUCGGGGAUAUUUGAAUUUCACCUGUGGGGCAACUUCAGUACUUCCUAUAUCUUUCCCUUGUUUCUGACCUCAGGAAUGACCCUGGAAAUCCCCGACCAGCUUGGCUGGGAAAAUGACCACUAUUUCAUGAGGAAGAGUGGACUGUCCUCUGGUCUGGUGACAGCGGCUCUCUACGGGAGGUUGUAUGAGAGGAACUAGGAAAAGUGUGUGGUCUUUGGGUGGGCAGCCCUGCACCUCCAGAGCCCACAGAUUGCGAGCAUGGAGACACUUCUGCCAGGGUGUGGAAGCCCACUUUUGUGGCACCAGAUCCCACCCUGGGAACUGUGGGAAGAAGUGGGAGACGCAGGUCCCUCUAGCCUCAAACUUUCGGCAGUCCUGUCUCAGCCUCCCCAGUGCUGGGGUUACAGGCUUGCACCACCGUGCCCAGCCCACCCCUUGCUUCUAAACAUGAAUGACUGAGACACUUUCUGGUGUUUCCUAUUCACAUUGGUCUUCUAAGCCACAUCUUCCUCUAGCAAAUCUGUACGUACACCAUGGAUUUUAAGAGCUGAAACAAAAAUAAAAGUUAGUUGAUGUUUUUACACAUCCACAAA